GCGGCACUUGAAAGUGUAGCCGCUGGAUGUCAACCAAGACGACUCGAAUAACAUGAAUUCUUAAGGAAAAUAUAAAUAUACAUUGCAGCCUUGGGGAAGUCUCGGAUGUGAGGACAUCGGCUGGCCGCGAGGACUGAACACGUAAUGCCGAGCACGAGCCAAAUCACCUGAAGUUCGCUGGACAGUAUUUCGUUUUCUUGUUCAGCAGAUGGAGACUCUUCGCUCAAGAUAGCCCAGUCUUUGAGAUGAUACAUUUCUGCAAUGGCGAGGGGUCUGUUUUCACGGGCCUGGAUGUCAAAGACAUAUCUCUUUCAGGCUCGCCUGUCUUAUAUUCGAGUGAAGUAUCUCUUCCUCACUUGGCUUGCGGUGUUUGUGGGCAGUUGGGUUGUGUAUGUGCAAUACUCUACUUACACUGAGCUGUGCAGGGGACGAGAAUGCAAAAACAUCAUUUGUGAGAAAUACAGUAAGGGUAUUAUUGACGGCUCUGCCUGUAGCAGCCUAUGUGAAGAAAGCUCAUUGUACUUUGGACGGUGCCUCUCCACCAAGCCAAACAAUCAGGUGUAUACAAGCAGCUGGGGUGACCAGGAUGGCGUCAUUAAGUGUCAGCUGGGUGACGUCCUGCACUAUGAGCUGGGAGAGGAACUGAGGCCAAAGAAAGAGAUAGCACUCUUUGACAAACCCACUCGGGGAACCUCUGUAGAGAAGUUCAAAGAGAUGGUUGCAAGUCACUUGAAGGCAAAAGUCGGAGAACAAGCAAACCUCUACAGUUUGGUGACGUUGAUUCUCUCAGUGGCAGACAGCAACAAAGACGGCCUUAUCUCUCUCCCAGAGGCCAAGUCUGCUUGGGCUUUGCUGCAGCUCAACGAGGUUCUGCUUGCGGUGGUCCUCCAGGGCCGCGAGCACACGCCUAGACUUUUAGGCUUCUGUGGGGACCUGUACAUGGUGGAACGGGUGCCCCACGCACCAUUAUUUGGACUCAGCCUUCCAUGGCCCAUGGAGCUGUGGAUGCCUACUGGGAUGCGGCAAAGCAUGGACCAGUGGUUCACACCUUCAUGGCCCCGCAAGGCCAAAAUCUUUAUCGGUUUGCUGGAACUUAUAGAAGACAUCUUCCACGGUACCUUUGGAAGCUUCUUAAUGUGUGACAUGAGAGCCAGUACUUUUGGUUACACCGAUCGCCAUGACCUCAGACUGGUGGAUGGGCGGCGUGUGGUAGCUGAAGAGGCCUUCAAACAGGCCAUGAUCCUCCAGCGCUGUGAGGAAGACGAGGACUGUGUUUAUGGUGUGGACUGUAGGACUUCAUGCAACCUUGCUGAACAUCGUUGCACAGCCAAGGUGGCUCAGCCCAACCUGGCUAGGGCUUGUGGAGCAUUGAAGGAUUACCUCCUACGAGGAGUUCCCUUCCAUCUUCAGGAAGAGCUGGAGAAGCAGCUGUACGCCUGCAUGGCCCUCAAAGGUUCAGCCGAGCAGAUGGAAAUGGAACACUCGCUCAUUCUCAACAACCUCAAGACACUGCUGUGGAAACAGAUUUCACACACUAAUGACUCAUGAAGUACAAUAAGCUACAUUGGUGACAACAUUGAGAUUUUUGAAUGUCUUUUCAGGGCUCAACAAUAAGGAUUUGUUUUUCUGCUUAUCCAGCCAGUAAUUCCGAUUUUUUUUUUUUUCUUGCCCUGCCAACAUUUUGACUGGCCCUGCCACAAAAAAUAAAUAAGACACAUUCAUUGUUUUUUAGCAACAUAUUUUAUGAAUCAAAAUCAUAUAUUCAUAUUUUUCAUUUAAUGUUAUUUAAAAAAAAUUAUUGAAGAUACUACAGAUUAUUUUAAUUUUACUACAAAUUUUAGUAGUAAAAUUAUCUGGACCCGCCACAAAAAAAGAUGAAUAAAUUGUAUUUUUAGGAACAUAUUUUAUGCUUCAGAAAAAUAUAUUAACAUUUUUCAUUUAAUGUUACAAUUUCUUGAAAUAUAAACAAAUAUUUGUGUUUUACUACAAAUUACUUUUAUUUUACUAAAAUUUAUUUUGAAUUUGCAACAAUAACUGGACAUUAUGCAACCAUAAUAUAACUCCAUGGAAACUAUGAAUUAAUGCACCUACUUUUGCUGGAAAUUUGGAUGGAAUUUGGUCCAUAAAUAUUCCCACUAUGUUUGAUGCCCCUAAAACUAUCACAAGUCUUUCUCGAAAUUCGACAAAACCCUUAUCUCUGUUAGCAAGCUUGAUAAUGAUACCUUGCGGCAUAUUUAAUUCACAAGAAUAAUGUUCUGCACAUCACACAAAACAACAUUUUUGUUGCAAAUCCAAUAUCUCACCUCCUGUCUACUGAGAUGCUUUCAUCUGGCUAGUUUUUGAAGACAGUAUAGAUCCAACCUUUGUUGACUUUUAUAUCCCAAAUUUAAACAGCGUGUGAUGGAGCAGGUAAAAUCAGAAAUUAGUAAUUGUCCCGUUGUAAUUGUCAACUAAUGACCCCAUUUCUAGAGAGCAGAAGUCAUUGUAGAUUCUAAAUAUUUGUUCUGGUAUGUCUAAAGCUCACUAGAAAUAGUUGUAGGUCAUUUUAGACAUGACUUUAUGGUGCCUUAAACAGUCUUUACAGGUACCUUCAUAUGCAAAUCUUCUCCUCUGAAGUCACUGACUGAUUGGGCAGUGAGGCAUCAAGGCAGCUGCCUUAACUUUUGGACGCAGCCAUAAUGACAACCAGUACUGGCCCAUUCUCUGACAUUGGCCCAGGUCAUCAUUCCAUCCUAAUUGUUGAGCUCUGCUUUUGACAAGAGAAUAAAAUGCUGGAAGGAAAACUAAUAUUGCCUCCGUCUUGGUAGGCUCAAGAAGUGGCUUGUGAUGAUAUUCAGUGCUGCUCUGAUACUCUGAUCUUAACAAGCCCUUUUAGAAUUACAACAAAUUAUUCUCAGGCUCAACAUUUGAGUAAAAUUCACAUUUCUGUUUUAUGUUCAUGUCUUAAUACUUUGUCACACACAAUUGAUCUGUGAUCUUGCUUCUUUUACGAUUCCUUCAAAUGUUCUGAAGGAGCAAAUGAUGAUAACUCUGCAUCCAUUAUUGGAUGUUAACAUAGAAAGCGAAAGAAAUGCACUCGCCAACAACUGUGGUUGUAUCAGUCUUGUACUGUAAUGUUUUUCAUUAAUGAGCACAGCAAAAAGAGCCAUUCUGAAAUGGACACAUGAAUCAAAUGCUUUGAUAUGCAUGUUGCAUUUUUAUUUUCAAUGCUUUCAUGAUCCAAAUGUUUACAAGAGUGGGGUAAGGGAAUGACAUUGCAUUGUUGGUUCAUUUUCUUUUUUUCUUCAAAUUAUUGAAUUGAUCCCUUUGGUAUGUUGGGUUCAGUCUGGACACAUAAGGCAUGUCACUUGAUAUGGUAAAGAUGGUUGUAUUAUGUAAGCUAAAAUAAUAUGAAAUAUGACGUCUGUCUUAACAGUCAUGAUUCAUGAUGUACUAAUGAAUGGAAGUGAUAAAUGGUGCUUAGGAUGUUUUGGAUUGCACAUAUACUUCAAUUCAUAACACAUUGCUGCUGAUUAAGAGUAAA